AUGAACUCGCUGCCGGAGUCAAACAUGACGCGGAGCAGACAUCCCAGCGUGCCCACCGCCACAUUCAGUAGCGCACCGACGCACACAGAACCGAAGCUCGUUGUCGUCGCAUGCACCAAUGACGUCCACGUGGGGGUCUGCGGCAUGCUGUCCUCGCCGGCGAAGUACCACAUUCCCACCACACCCGCCGUCGUGACGCAUACCACGCCUGAGAGCACGUGUGCGAGCCAGCACAGGGCGAACACCGCGAUGGGAGCGAAGAUGCGGUCGUACAUGGACAGUUGCCCGCCUAACAGCCGCGUCGUGACGGACUGA